AUGUGGAUCAAAACAAAACGCGGGGUCAAUCGAUGGCGCCCGGUAUCGAUUGCCAUGUGGUGGGUACAAACCCAUACCGUGACGCCUAUCGCCAGAAAUGAGAUUACUGCUUUCAGCGAGCUUACGGCAUUGCUGGACCGGGUGAGACAAGCGGAAAAUAAAACGGAGGAGUUUCGGCGAUUUUUUGCUUCGUUCGAGCAAUCUCUGCGUACGUCAGACGCCCGCCGCCCUACACGCAGCGCCUAUCCCGUGUUGAGGUUGCUAGUUCCUGGAUGCGAUGGUAAACGAAAAGCGUAUGGCUUCCUGCACACGCUGCUGGCCAAUGGAUACAUUCGGGCACUCGGAUUGAGCCGCGACAGUGCGGAGGCGCAUCAACUCUUGUUCAACGAAACGGCCGGCGAUCUAGGCGAUCGAAUUGCGCAACUGGUACGUGGACGAUGCCCGCGCCAAGGCUCUCUAACCGUGAGCGAUGUGAACCACUAUCUGGAUGCUCUCAGUAACGUUGAAUGGUCAGCCGACGUAAGUCACCAGACGCGGGUUGAGCAGGUGCUGGCGGAACUGCUGAAGCGUGGGUCGCCAACGGACCACUGCUGGCUCGUGCGCAUACUCCUCAAGGAUCUUCGCCUCGGUGUCGGUAACCGACGCGUCCUAGAACUCUACCACCAGCAAGCUCCGCAGCUUUACGAUGCGCUCAGCGAUCUGGAGCAGCUGGUACAGACCAUUGAGUCGAAGAGCAUCACAAGCUAUGCUCAGCCGAUGAUGCGCCACGUGCGCCCGAUGCUCUGCCAGCGGAUCGAUCUGCGGCUCGUUGGCGGACUACUUCAGCGUGCCACGUUCUGGGCGGAAACAAAGAUGGACGGUGAGCGGUUUCAGCUGCACAAGAUCGGUUCUAGCUUCCGCUACCUGUCGCGCAACGGCAUCGACUAUUCGGAACGAUUCGGCGCUUCAGCGGAGCAGCUCGAUGGGACUCUGACGCCGCAGAUCGCACCACUGUUCGCCCCCACCGUCGACAGUGUGAUUUUGGACGGGGAGAUGAUGGUGUACGACCGGCGCGAACUGCGUUACCGAGACAAGUGCGAAAAUACGGAUGUCAAAGCGUUGCGUCCCGGGUCCAUGGAUUUUCGGCCUUGUUUCUGCGUGUACGACGUGCUCCACCACAACGGGCGCAGCGUUGCUGAUCUACCAUACGCGGAACGGGCCUGUCUGCUGGGUGAGCUGAUUGUCCGCGAGAAGCCUGGGUUUCUGAUGCGUUGCCACCGCGAACGGGUCCGCGACGCGGCGCACCUGGUAGAGCUACUGAACGCUGCAAUUGAUGCGUGUCACGAGGGUAUCGUGUUGAAGCGGGAAGACGCACCGUAUCAGCCGAACCACCGUGGCUGGCUGAAGCUGAAACCGGAUUACGUCGAUGGGCUGGUGGUGGACUUCGAUCUGCUGAUUGUCGGCGGGUUCUACGGACAGCACCGGGAUGUGAAAUCUGUCCUCGUGGGCGUGCUGGACGAUCGUCGAUCGUCGAUCAGAGGGCCCGGUUGUCGUUUUCUUUCGCUCGCCAAAGUACGGAUGGGUCUCACGGUAGCACAAUGGAAUGAGCUGAAUCGCACACUGUCUCCACACUGGCGGAAAUCGGAACGAGCUGUCCAAUGUGGGCAAACGGUACCGGAUGUUUGGAUUGCUCCAAAUGUCUCCGUCGUACUGCAGCUACGUGGUUCCGAGCUGGUUCGUAGUGGAUCACACGCAGCCGGCUACACACUGCGAUUUCCGCGGAUCGUCUCCAUUCGGACCGAUCGACGGUACGACGAUGUGUGCACGGUCAGCGAGAUGGAAGCUUUGGCCCGCGACAGCGGUAUCGCCUCCGGCCACCUUGAUCCUGCACGACGGGCUAUGAAACUCUCCAAGCGCCAUGUGACCGUGGCGGAUCUUUGGGGUGGUCACCAGCAGGAACUGGCAGCGCCAGCCGGCAAACGUCGAAAGUGUCCGGUUGGCGUCGGCGCUCAGGGGCCGACCGAAACCACCGCCAAACCACCUGUGUCACCACCGAAAACUCGAAGGUUCGAAGGUAGGGAAUUUUGCGUCAUGAGCACAGCUGCUGGGUUACCCGCGGUCGCAGAGUUAGAGCGCAUGAUUCAACAACACGGCGGCAGGGCCGUAGCUAAUCCCGGCACUAAAACCUGCGCUGUCAUUGCCGGUGACCGCACGUACAAAGUACGACUGUAUAUCCAAGCAGCGCGGUGGGAUGUAGUCAGUGUGACGUGGUUGCUGCGUGCGAUCGGUGAGGAAGCAGCAAGGCACGGGAGGCCGCUGGAAUCAUUUCAACCUGCCGAUAUGUUGGCGACCACCGAGAAUACCCGUCUCCAGCUCGCACUGCUGUACGAUCGCUACGGAGAUGCUUACACCCGUCCCGUAACACCAACAUCCUUUACGCGUUUCCUGAAAGAGCUUGGUUCCGGGGUCAACCCCUCAUGUCCUCUACCGAUACUAACCGAUCGUGAAAUAGUACGUGCUGAACGCUACUUGCUGGGUGCCACCAGAUUCAACUCAUUGCGCCCUUUCCGAGGCUGCUCCGCACAGUUGGUUUCCCCACCGUGCAAAGUCCCCGAAGCUGGAGAAGAGCUGACCCGUAACAGAGCGGAAUGGGAAAUGUUGCGCUUCAUCCGACAUGGUGGACGCUGGCUGCGGGAUACAGACACCGGUCCAGUUUCACAUAUUUUCGUGGCAGGGGACUCCAGUACUCUCGUUACAGGCACGCUUGGGGGCGUUGGCGAGGACGACAGCACACCGGUAAAGGUUUUACCAAUCGAAUGGAUUAAAGAAACUCUCGAGACAAACCAACGAGCCGAAAGCUUCGCUGUGGGGAUGUAA